CUUCCAUGUUCGAUCUCGCUUGACUAAAGUUCAAAUGUGGAUACUCACAUACAAACUUGAAUGUUUACCGCGGUUUAUACGGCUGUAGGAUUAUGGCGGCUGCAGAGGUCGUCGCCUCCUGUAACGACGACGAUGAGCUGUGUCCGGCGAUGUUCGUCGAAUCCCAGCUGGAGACGCCGGACUCCGAAGUCAUCGACAGGGGGAAGCUGCUCGAGAAUCUACUUACCAUAUCGAACUCGGGGACGCCGGUGAUUCAGGAGCGAACGGAGUACCCAUGUCCCCUCUGCCGGGGCACCUUCCCUGCUCUCGGUGACCUGGUGAUGCACGAAUGUCCCAAGGAGAAGCCACCCCGGUCCCUGCUCACUUGUUGCUUCUGCAGCUUUGCCACUGAGCAGACUACUGUAUUUAGGGCACACCUAGAUUUACACAUCAAGCCGUCGUUGCGGUGUGGCCACUGCAACCACACGUUCCCGAAUGAAAACGUCCUGCUACAGCACCUGCAGCUGCACGGGUCCAGUUUGCCGCUGGAGCCCCUGGCUGCCAUCAACAGCACGUCGCCGUACACUGCCUACUUGUCGCCACAGACGACUCCCAUUCUGGCGAACAAUAACGGCACCCUCUGCGUAAUCAAUACACCCACCUACGUGGUGCCAGUGCUGGAGGACCACCACUCGAGGUACACAUGCACAUUGUGCAACGCUAUGUUCCACCGACUGAGUCUACUGGCAGCACAUGGUCUCAAGCAUUCCGAGUUUCCAGACAUCCACAUUCAAGAGAACCUCUUGCUGCCAGGCAGGGGCUCGCAAGAGCCAUUUGGAGCGCUCAUGUGCUCUCAGUGCUGCGUCGUGUUCACCCACCCGGUGGCCCUGGCGGCCCACUCUUGCAACUGCAAGGGCAACGAGAGCGGCGGGGCCAGUGCCCCUCUUUUGGCGGGGCAGCAGAACGUGUUGGCACCGCUGCAGCAGCUCGUCGAGUCACAGCCGAACCAGCUGUCGCCUCAGCAGCAGCUCUCUGCGGGAGUGGCCUCGAGCCCCGUGCGACUGUACUGUUGCCCGUACUGUCCCUACACCUCGUACCUGCUGGCCAGCCUUAUCAGACACAAGGAGGUCCACUUCUCUCAUCGUUGCAGUGAAUGCUCUGUCCGGCUACCUACAAUGCUUGCCCUUAUACAGCACAAGCAAAAGAUGCAUGCUGGUGCUCCCGCACCACCAACUCCAGUGACACCAGCCCCGCCAACAACCCCGGUGAACACUAAUGGUCCUCACAAACGAGGGCGGCCUAGGAAGACGCAAGAGCAGAUUGAGAUUGACAGGAUGGGGCGGAUAUGGCACUGCAAGACCUGCGGAGUCAGCUUGCGGAAAGGUGCCGAAGAUGCUGCCACCCACAAAUGCACGAUGUUCCGGUGCCCUCACUGCUCGUUCGAAACUCACAAACCGAACGGUCUCAACAUACACAUCAACUUUGCUCAUACCUUCAGAUGCCAGAGGUGUUUGAAAGCAUUUGUGACGAAACAGGAGCGCACGCUGCACUGCACCUACUCGUGUCCAGAAAGGCCAUUCAAGAACGUCACCGAAGAUGACAUCCCGUUGGCAGUGCUCAUGCAGCUCUCUGAGCGAAAGUCCAAUGAGCAGCAGGACCCUGCCCACCCUUCCAAAAAGUCUUCUGAGCAUUCUUCUGGACAUCAAUCUGGGACCACCUCACAGGACAAACAGCUGCAACCCGAAAAGGACCCCAGUGUAGCGGAAGCGUAUACCAGGAAGAGAGGCCGGCCUCCGAAAAAUAGACUUCAGGGGCCAUUGACAGUUCCACCGCCAGAUCGCGCAGAACCUAAAGCUGUUAGCAGAAAACGUGGAAGACCCCGGGGAAGGCGAAAAUAAGAAGCCUGCCCAAGUUGCUGGGACUGAGCUGCUUCUGGCCCUCAGUAUCAGCCCUUUGCUCCAAGCCUGCUGCCAUCAUUUUUUCAAGAACUCUCAACAGGGUUGGCAUCACCAGUGCUGCUCGAACACUAUAUAUUUUGUGAUACGUGAGAAAACCCCGCCUGUUUUCCCUUCAAGCUUAUCAGCAUACGUCCAUCACGAGCACUCCUUGUCGGCACAGUUUAAAAGUGAAGGCCGCCAAUGUGCUGGCAUGGUUUGACGACUCUCUACAGGACACGCCCGCUGGGUGCUCAGCAGUGCAGACACCACCAGGCAUGUGGUUGGUGGCUAGCUUCAAACCAGUUUCUUGUGCUUUCCGGUCAUAUUGGUGCUUCCAGGUGCAGUCGGCAGGAGCAUCGUAUAAAGCAUAGAACUAGUGUGCGUUGAUAGGAUUGAUUUUAAAAGAACGGCCGCCAAUCGUCACUUGCAUGGAAUGAAUGGAAUGAAAUGAAACGGUAACAGUCAACUCGGUGGAUUCCCAUAUGCUUGUUGUUGCCCUGCUUUUUUUUUUCUGUUGGUCUAAAUAAACUUUAGGGUGUCUUCCUUGAUUAUGUUUCUAUCUGUAUACUGAAGAAGAAGGAAGGUUGCCAGUGACUUUGUGACGCGCUACAGCAAUGGCUUUUGCGAUGCACUUUCUUGGUUGUAGAAACAAGUUUGUGUGAGUAAGUUGUGGUUCGCAUUUGUACAGUUACUGUUUGUUGAUCAGUUGGAGCUGCAAACACUCGUUAAAGCAUGUACUUUACUUAUUAUGCCUCCUCCAGAAAAAAUGUACAGGUCCAUUGAGAACCUGUGAAACAAUUUUAUGAUUAAGUCAUGCAUGAGUACGAAUUCUGCUCCUGUUACAUUAACUAUUUGCAUGCAGCCGGUGUGAUAACAUAACGAGGCCAUUACAGCCUCUUCUUGCAUACCAUGGCUGAAUCGUAUACAGCUUAUGAACUUAACCUAUUUACUGAGGCUGAUGUUUGCCACCAGAAGCCUUCGUGAUCUGAACUAGAGAAGUGAGCCUCUAAUUAUUCUUUUUUUUUUUCAAUUGGUUGGAGGAAGUUCACAGCCUCUGUUUUGCCUGUGGUGCGUGAUGGCUACUGCAUUCUCCCAAGAGAAAUUGUAGCUGAGAGACACGCGUGUAUCUGCACUGCUGUUUGCCGAGUUGGGGAAACUAAGGCCGUGCAUUGAUUUAGGUAAGCAGAUCAGUGACAAAACAGUUCCUGUGCCAAGCCAGAGAAGGUAUAGAUUGUCCAGAUAGUGCAAUUGUCGACAGGGCAUUCACAGGGAGCCAAAUAUGAUUGGCCAACAAUAUGUAACACUGAUGUUGUGGUAAUCAUAUCAUGCAUGUUUUUAAUCUUUAGUGUUAUAUUGUCGCUCAUUAUUCUUGUAUAUCACUAUCCUAUUCUGCCAAUGAUAAAAUCAAGUGAAAAUGUUAUGUACAUAAUGUUUUUGUCUUUUGGGGUGACGUGAAGGUGUUUUUCUGUGUGCAUGAGUGAAUUUCAGUGACGGCACAUUUACUGCACAGCCGUGCGACAGUUUUAUUUCGAAUGACUGGGCUGUGAAAAAAGCAGCAAGCAUUUUUUUUUUUUACCUAAUGGUGUGUACAAAUGUUAAAGAGCUAAACAGGUCAGAGUCAUGACAAGCUUAUGAAACUUGAGAAAGGGUGAAACAUAAGAGAGAGAGCAAAAGAAAAAACUGCUGUCAUAAUUAGUCAAUCCAACUUGUUCAUUUUGCAAAUAGACUUGCAUAGUGCCUAGCAAGUUUAUUGUCAAACUGACAUUGUUAAAAAUUUUUUUGUGGUGUGUGCUCAUGUGGAACGGGUACUCAAACUGUCGUGCUGAACAAUUUUCCUUUUUUUUUUUUUAAAGCAGAAUGGCGCUUGCAUCAGGAUGUGCAGUAAUUGAUUGAUAUGUGGGGUUUAAGCGUCCAAAACCACCAUAUGAUUAUGAGAGACGCCGUAGUGGAGGGCUCCGAAAAUUUCGACCACCUGGGGUUCUUAACGUGCACCCUAAUCUGAGCACACGGGUCUACAACAUUUCCGCCUCCAUCGGAAAUGCAGCCGAGUACCUUAGCCACUAGACAACUGCGGCGAGGCAGGAUGUGCAGAAAAGCAAGCUAAAUUUAGCCAAGGCAGCGAACAAGAGUGGCAAAACAUCAUACACUUGAUUUGAUGUUUAUAUCACAGGGUCACAUUUUCGAGUGUACAGCAGUUAAUUUCACUGCAUGCUGUUAAUGUAACAGGCAACCAUAAACCUGGCUCACGUAAAUAUCACACUAACAAAAGUUCUUCAGGAUUCGAAGUUCAAACCACAUAUUGCCGACAUCUUGUCUUGUUCCGCUUUCUGUCGUUCUGCACAUUCAUCACACAAGAAAAUCUACUGUCAAGAUUUUCAAUGCACUAUGGUGGUUCCAAAGCCAUAGAUUUUUUUUGCGUUUUGUGUUUACCAUUGAUUCCAAAGCACACAAAAAGUGUGCUUUGGAUUCAAUAGCAAACACAGUGGAUGAACCAAUGAUCGCAGCAGAAUAUAUCGUAUUCUAGGCAAUGCCAGCUAUAUCGUUUUAGAAACUGCAUUCAGGACACUGCCAUUACAUGGCAUGAGCAGGUACGCACCUGGUUAAUGUGCCAUAGCUAACAAUUGGUUUUCUUUCUUUUAACCCACAGCAAUUAGAGUUUCUGGUAGGAAGCCUAUAGGGGUUAAGGCAAGGGGAGAAAAGAAUGAGCAAGCAGGCUAGACAGUAGUGUCAUUCACCCAUAAAAUUGAGCUCAUGAAAAAAAAUUAAGGCAGUAGUGCCAAAGUCCCCCCCCCCCCCCCCCUUGUCCUGUUUCCUUCACAGAGUCACAAGCAGCACUUGAGUUGAAUUAUUCAUAAGCAAGCUCUUCUGCUGAAGUAAUUUUGGUGGCUGGCAAUUGCCUCAUUCCAUUUUGGGGCAUUAUAUGGCAUUAUGCAUUGUAUGCCUAAGUUCAGUGGCUGCGGUAUGGUAUGUCCUGAAAAACUGGCUGUUAUUAUUAACGUGAUAGUGUUAAAGAGCUUUUUUCGCAGAAAUUCCGGCGUCUGUGUCGAUGUCAUUGAUUGUGUGCGAAAAAUCAUCUUGUGUGUGACCGAAAAAACUAGAAAGAUGCAAACAAAAUAUAAAAAAUUCUGGGUCAGAGUGAGAAACGAGCCUAGGUCUUUUUUAUGGCAAGCGGUUUCUGCCAUACAGCCAUGUGUUUGCUUGUGAAUACAGUGAAAACAACUUCCUCUUGUUCGAAAUGCAGUGGCUUAAAGCCGAUCACCCGCUACACAAGGUGCACAUGUUACUGCACCUAUUCUCUUAAGGCCAAGUAGUGGGUACAUCACAAGUUCCAAAAGAUUUCAUGCACUAAGUGUUUGAAGUAUGCACUAGGGUAUUGCUAUCGCGUUCAACUCUUCCCCAAUUUUUUAAUACACUAUUGUAAACAGAUUUUGUAUUGGAUGUGGUUGCCGCAAGAGUAUAUUAUCCCACUGUCAAUUCAUCUGAAGCGGCGAGCAUUUUUAAACCAAGACAAUGUGUGCGCCAAUGAGACACUUGCCUGUGGAUUCAGAGGUGCGUUUAUGUGCAAUGCAUAACCAGUGCCAAAAUUUGUGCUCAAAAAGACAUCAAAUGUAAUCAUUUGCUACUAGCAACUCUUGCUGUUCAAGUGCGAUUGCCAUCUGGUGACACAUUUUAAGUGCUGUUACAUGUUCGUCAAGUGCUAAUGCGACAAAAUGGAACUUGCUCCGUACACAUUUCAGAGGGACACGAAACCAAAUUGUACAAGCUUAAAUGAGACGACUGUGAGCAUGCCAUGUCAGUGCAGUGCUUCGCGUUUCUGUGCACAGAAAUGUCUACACACUCUUUGAUGUCAUUGAAGCAUUGCCAAAAUGGCCUUUGCGGUUAGUCAAGGUGGGCAGAGAAGGGACAAUUUUGAGUUAGUGUAUGGUGAGAAAUCUUUUGUGUGUGUUUUAAAUGUGCAACUAUAUUGGCCACUCUACCCUCACUUUCAGUGAAAAUAGCUCGAAAGCCAUGUCGUUAUUUUCUUAAUGAGGCCCUGCAACACUUUUUGAGCAUAGUCAGAAAACGCUGCCAAUCGGUAGUUGAGGUUCCCGAGAAUGCGUGUGCCAAAUAUUAUGGCGCAGUACGCAACAUUUACGAUAAAUUCUCAGUCGGGCUGAAAAUCACUUUCUGCUCUCUCUACAAUUGACGCAGAGGCUCAAAAAUCAAUAUGUCCCAGGCCAAGUAUCAGCCACAGGCAGAUUUGAGCAUGGCGCACUUGGUCAUUACUGGGGCUGCCAUGAAAGGCCACGACUUGUCAACACGUGCAGUCACAGUGAAAAGGCGCACAUUUUAUUCAAAGUAAAAACAUACAAGCAGUUCUGUGUACGAAUACAACCGACCAGGAAAGCUCUUUGAAAAUUGAAUGCAGAAGAUUAUGCACCUGAUCUCACUGCUAGCUUUUAUGAAAGUGGUAGGGUGGGGAAUGUCUUUAGAACCAGUGCAAUUUCGUAGCUCCACUCGUGAGCCGGCACAUGCGGCCGACACGUGAAUAGGAAGGCGACGCACAUGUCUCUGCGAGCCGAGACACACAAGGAGUAGCCACUUGUGAUGCAUUGCGCAUUUCUUCGUGCUUGCUUUCUCCGUACUCGGUGCGUGAUUUGCGAACGCGUGAGGCAUGAUGUGAGAGGGAACUGCACCGUUGCUAGUUCUUGCUUCGGCUGUCGCGUCCACUUGAGAGCAAGCAUCAAUCGGAAGCUGCAAAACUAACCUUGCUCUACGUAAACACUGGGGUGAAGAGCAGUGGGAAGCUUUGAUGGCGACAGCAGAGUGGGGUCCCAAGGAGCUUCGCUCCCAAAAAGUGCUCAAGGUAAUGAGGCGUGGGUGACGUAGUUUCUUUCCCUGUGCUAUCUGUCCCUGCUCAGCGUUUAACCCUUUCGUCGGGACGAGAGAAAAGAGAAUGCGAUUGCAGCGUGGAACAAAUCUCAGUAACUCCUCUCGUACUAGACUGAUUCUGAAAAUUUUUGCGAAAGUGAAUUCGUGAGGCAAUAAACUCUUUUAGCGACUCCAUUCUAUGGCUGCUUGAAAAAAUGUUCCAGGGCCCCUUUAACAAAUGCAGCUAGCUACAUUGCCAAAUAGCUGAAAAAAAACUGAGCGUUUUCCCACCUGUUCAAAGCUCGACACCUGACCACCUGCAAGGGAGCAGUGGUUACAUGGACAGCAUAGACCAGUAUAAAAGUGAAUUUUAAACAAAACUCAAAACUCUGCAUCUUGGUUCGAUGAUUUGUCAUUGUCCUUUCCAACAUUCCCUCUCCUUGCAGUUUUCUAGUAUAUGUUACUUUGUAGUGAGUGCAGUUAUGUGAACGUUUACCAUUUCGCUGGUGAUGUCAGCAGCAAAUAGUUCCUCUUACCCGUAAAUCAAAGAUAAUUUUCAGCUACGUUUGUUUUUCAUGCUUGUGCUUUUCCCUCUGGCAUUGCAUUCAUGCGGAAGCUGGUCUUGCACUAUUGCACAAGUGUUGUGUAUGUCAACACUUGUGCAAUUCAGCUCGGCACUAAACUGCCACAACAUUUUGAUACCAUCUUGCAACAACUUGAGAAUCGGAGCAAAUUCUGUAAGAGAGUUGCCAUUCUUCACUUUCCCUAUAUAAGGAUUUCAUGUCCUUCUCGAGUCACUGUGACUGCAUCGCUCGCAUAACUCAACCUUGACCAUCAUUUUCAGUUGAAAAUACUUUAAAGCAACUUGCAUGUGAUGUUACAACAGCUCAUUGAAGUGCAGUUUGUUUCCAAUUCACUGUACCUAAAAAGAAAAACCCCAAAUCUUGACAAAUUAGGCAGAACUAUAAAAAAGUAGCCUCAUUGACCAGAUGUAUCGCAGUAUACGCUGAAUGUGGUUGAAACUGAGCAGAACAUGUUCGUCUCAAGAGUUCUAUUCGUGGAGGAUGGAAAGAAACUACAAGUCAAUUAAAGCAAAGGAACCACGCUCCAGGAUCACAAUGCAACAGCUUGCUGUUGCUGUGUUGUGCACAUUGCAUGAAACAAUCGAAGUUGCACAAGGAUAUGAUCAAAUGUGCACAGUACAGCUGCACAAGUGCACAUCAGUCAAAACAUGCAGGCAAAUCCUAGGCCAUGCAUGUUAGGGCCAAUCAAAGAGAUGGAGAGGCCUCAUGGUGGGCCAACUUUUUAUGGCACAGGAGAGAAAGAAGAGAGCUGGCUGGCAAACAGUUUCCGCAUGGUGGUCUCUUUCCUAGUUUCUUUCCAUCGUCCAUGCUAUUGUAAAGAGUUCUUGUAACAUUUCCGUGCUUAGUUUAAAGGGACACAACAGAGAAAAGAGUUGUUUUAUUGUAUUGGUAAAUUACUCUUUCCCAACACCAAAAUCACGCUUGCCACAAGAUGAUGCAUUAAAAAAUGCAUGUAAUGACGCCACCUGUAAAUUCCCGGACCAACAAUAGCCACGUAAAAGAUUUUAAGGGAAUCUACUGUGCCCUAUGUAUAGUUCUUAAUCGAUAAACAUGAAGUGCAUUGUUUGCUGAGGAGGCCGCAGACUUAAUAUGCUAAUUUUCAUGAAAUUUCGUUGAGCCAAUGUCACUGAAAUAGAAAAAAUAUACUUUGUAUACCGUGACGUCACACAUGAAGGUUUCGGUGUGAAAUUUUAGAAAAAAUGAAACCUUCAGCUUGAUUUUCCUCUCAUUAAUAAACCUAUGAUGAUGAAAAUCGACAUUUCAGCUCUCGGAGUGCACUGUAUCAAUCUAAAGCAAUUCAUCAUUUCACUUUAGUGUCCCUUUAGUUCUACACAACUCUUGUCAUGCAGGACUAUUCUUUUCUUGUGUGUGUUUUGUGUAAUGUUUUUUUUCUUUGUCCACUCUUGCAUUGCUUCAAGAUCUGUUAAGGCAGUUAUUUUUGGUAAUAAAGCAAUAUGUACUUUUGAA